UCGUGUAACAUGAGUACAAUGAAUAAGACAUAUAAUACUAAUGAACAAAACGUAUAUCUAAUGAACAAGAUGUAUAUACUGAUGAAAAAUAAAAUUUAAAAAAUUCGUAGUGAAUAAGACAUAUAUACUGAUGAACAUGGCCGUAUAUACUAAUGAACAAUGCAGUAUAUACUGAUGAAUAACAAAAUUUAAAAUAUUCUGCUUCCUCCAGGAUUCGAACCCUGCGAAAAAAAAUCACCCUCCAGAUACAAUAUCAGCCAUAGGAUUGAUAAAAUAAACACACCAGAUCGUGCCCUAGAUCUCACUAAAAUUAGGGGGUCUCAUUGGAGCGGCCCCCUAUAUAUAUAUAUAUAUAGAUGGGAUAUAUAAUAUAGUCAUAAUUUAAUUCAAGAUGGGAAAAGGGAAAAACAACAAGAAUCAACUGAAGAACUCUACGAAUUAUUGGUCAUGCUUGAGUUUUGAUUGAUAUAUAAUAUAUUGAUGCCUUAUGUGUAAAAUAGUGCGACUUAUCUAUUACAGAAUUUUCUUUUAAUUUUAUCUACAAACAUUACAAAUUUUCUUUUAAUUUUAUCUAUCACACAAUUCAAAAAAAAUAAAAAAAAUAUUCGAAUGUACAUUUAAAUAGAAAACAAAUGAAGUUUACCUGGAAUAUAAUAUAGCACAUUACUGUAAUUAAUAAAAUAAAACAAAAAAAGAUAAAAAUAUUUCCCGUAUAAAUAGCAACUUUCUAGUUUUAGGGUUCAAUCGACAGCUGCCACCCCUGAAUCAUUUCUACUCCAAAUCAAAAUCCAAAUCCUUGAAUCUUUACAAAACCUCUUCAUUUUCCAUCGCCCAAAGCUUCUCUCCCUCUCAAUCUCUCCGGUUUCGCGACGUCCAUAAAUGGAUAAAUUCGGAUCAUUCAAAACUACUUACCACUAUGAUGCCGAUACAUUCAAAGGUGAAAUGAACCCCGGAGUCGAUAUUUUUGUGAAAGAGGAGUCGUCGUCGUCGUCGCCCUCCUCCCAACAGACAGCUGAAUACUCUCAGAAGCAGUCGGUAAACUUCGAUCAUCCUCAUAUUCUUCCUUGUUACGGCACUCAAAAGUUAGAGUCUAAGUCUAGGACAUUAUAUAUGGAUUUCGACUAUACUCUAAAAAAAUACAUUGAAGAAUUUGGACCAGUUAAGAAGAUUUUCUUCCCUCUACCUCAAAAUGAUGAUACUGAGCGCCUCCCUUACGAAUAUCUCCCAAAUAAAUUUCGAAGGAUAAUACGAGGAGCUAUAGAAGGUAUAAUUUACCUUCACAAAAAAAAAUCAUCAUUAGAGUCUUUAAGUAUAGAUAAUUUUGUUGUCGUGGAAGGAGAAGUCAAGCUUGGUUUUCUGAGGUUAGUUCCAUAUACUGGAGCGAAAACUGCGCAACAUGAUUUCAUGUAUUUGGGUAAAGUACUCAUUGAGGUAUUUGGAGAAAAUAAGGAAGAUAAGCCUCCAAGAGAGUAUUUGCCUGGGGAUCUUCAAGAUCUAGCUCGAUGCAUGUACAACUACGGCGGUGAAGGUGACAAUAUUUUGUUGUUAAAUCAUCUAGCGGUUUUGACAACAAAGGAGAGGGUUCGUGUGAUUAAAAGCUAUUAUGUGAGUCAAUAUUAUGGGAAUUUACAACCCAGCUUUGCAACAAUUUUUGCUGAAAUGGAUCAUCAAGGGCCAAAUCCGGCGAAAUUGGUUGCCGAAUUAAAGGCACGCGACGCAAAGUUUGGAGCUGCCGUCUUAAGUUGGUGUGAUGCUAAGGCGAAGGAAAUCGAAGGAGGAACAACUCGUAAUGGGGCGAUUAUCAAGAUGGCUAGUGAUAUGGCAACUGAUUUGCCACGGCAUAUAUUGAAAACUAAGAAGUUAGGAAUGCAUCUGGGGCAGUGCAGUGAAGAAGAAGUUGAGCUGAGUGUCAUGUGCAUUUUUUGGAAGCAUUUGGUGAGAUUCCAAGAAAAAGCAAACAAUAUAAGGAUUUUGCAUCAUCUAGUCUAAGCUCUUUGUUUGGACAAUUUUAGAUCUAGCUUUUGUUUGAAUUGAACAAUUUUAGUACUAUCAUUUUGUAAAUAUUUGGUUUGUACGUUAGUUAAUUAUGUUUUUAAUUUCAAAUUCCAAUAUCUUUUGUCUCUA